UCUCUCCCCGAGGUGUCCGCGAAUUUACCGAGGUAGGUGAACACAGCCUUCCCCGAGUGGUGCUAUAGGCUUGGAAAGCAUGUGGGCGCCACAGCAUGGAGAGGGAAGACGGGACGUCCGUGGCUGUUGUCGCAGUUGUGACCGAGCGGCGGUUCGCUCAGCGGUACAGGGAAUUUCUCGAGAAGCAGAAACUCUUGGAUAGACGGCACCGCGUGGAAAAGAUGCCCGACGGCACCGUGGCGCUACCGGUGCUGGGGGAGACGCUCCCCGCGCAGCUUCUGCAGGAGCUGAGGACUCGCGUGGCCCCGGGCAGCACGUGCGUGCUGACGCAGCUCCUGGAUCCUCUUCCUUCGAGGAAGGCCCAGGGUUGUUCGCCUGCCCAGAGACUGUGUCUGGAGGUGAGGCGCUGGGUAGAGGGCCGGGGAGUGGCGUGGUCGGCUGAAUUGGAGGCUGAUUUGCCCCGAUCUUGGCAACGACAUGGUAAUCUUUUGUUGUUGAAUGAAGACUGUUUCCAAAACAAGCAGUGGAAAAAUCUGGGACCAGAACUCUGGGAGACCGUUGCCUUGGCAUUUGGCGUCCAGCGUUUAGCAAAACGAGGGCGGGUAUUCCCGGAUGGCACUCGAACUCCAGCGGUGACUCUGCUGCAUGGCGACCAUGGCUGGGUAGAGCAUGUGGAUAAUGGCAUCCGAUAUAAGUUUGACGUAACCCAGUGCAUGUUCUCCUUUGGAAACAUCACUGAAAAGCUGCGAGUGGCAUCGCUGCCCUGUGCUGGACAAGUGCUGGUGGAUCUCUAUGCAGGGAUUGGUUAUUUUACAUUGCCCUUCCUAGUUCAUGCUGGUGCUGCCUUUGUCCACGCCUGUGAGUGGAACCCCCAUGCUGUAGUCGCUCUGAGAAAUAAUCUGGAGAUCAACGGAGUAGCAGAUCGGUGCCAAAUACACUUUGGGGAUAACAGGAAGCUGAAGCUCUCAAACAUUGCAGAUAGGGUGAACCUGGGUCUGAUUCCCAGUUCAGAAGAAGGCUGGCCCAUUGCCUGCCAGGUGCUACGACGGGAUACUGGGGGCAUUUUGCAUGUCCAUCAAAAUGUGGAAUCUUUCCCAGGGAAGAAUCCCCAGCCUCCUGGAAGUAGCAAAAUGGAGAAAGAACAUUGGCCUUAUCCUCAGAAAAUUAUCACCAAUGAAUGGGAAAAUGGAACUACCAGAGAUUUUAGGAGGAAACUGCUUUCACAAGCCACCAAGCUAGAGUGGCAAAGGUGGGCAGAAUCUGCAGAAACUCGAAUUGCCAUUCUUCUUCAGCAGGUGCAUGGGAAACCAUGGAAGACACAAAUCCUGCACAUCCAACCGGUGAAAUCUUAUGCUCCCCAUGUGGAUCACAUCGUUCUGGAUCUGGAAUGUCGCCCAGUCCUAUAGUUGGCUAGAGGAGGUGGAUUCAGUGAGUGACACAAGGGAUCCAAGGGGCCCUUAAUGCAUCAUCUCAGGCUGGUCUCUCUUUUUUUUUUUUUUUUUUCCUGGUGAUCUUUUUAAAUAUUUUAUGGCUUGAAAGCAGACUCUAGACCAACCAAAAUAAUUUCAUUUGUCUUCCAUUGAUCACAUUGGGAAUGUGCUAAAUAUCUAGGAAAAACAGCAUAGCUUUUUAAAAUGAGGUUAAUCUGUGUAAUCGUAAAUUCUGAAUUCUGUCCUCGUUCUGACCUUGAAUAUAUGGUUUCAAUAUUCAUUUGGUCAUGGAUUUCCUUGAAAAAAUUAGGGUUUCUUUGAAAUAUUUCACAUGGCUGUUGUCUAAUAAGCAGUUGUACACAAGUAUUGGUCAUUCUAGAGUGGAAAAUACUGUUCCCCAAAUCAGUCUAGCUACUGGAGAAAUCUGCUGGAGAAGAGACCAGCGAGGAAGCUUCUGUGCUUGUUCAGGUGUGAGGUUGGGGUGGCUAGUCUACAGUGGUGUGAAGUGGGUAGAUUUGAAAAUAAAAUCUGUGGACUCAAGUAUGAAUCCAAAUCAAGACAAUGCCGCUUUGUUGUUAUGACUAAAUUAGAGAGGGAAUGAGAGUGGGGGUAACUAACUCCAUUCUUCCAAUUUAGCAUUCCUAAAUGAAUGUAGGGGAGAUGUCAUAAAGUUUGUCUUGGUAGAAAAGGGGUUAAAAUCACUGUGAAAUCCAAAUUUCUAGUGUUAAACUGUGUAAUAGCUGUCAGUUGUUAGCACUAUGGCUCCAUUAAUUCAACUCCUGGCUCUACUUAAGUGUGACCUGAGGCAAGUCAUGAACCUCUCCAAGAUUUAGUUUCUUCAUCUGUAUAUUAGGUCAACCAUCAUACAUGUCCUGUAGGGUAGCUGAUAGGUUUAAGUGAAUUAACAUGUCAUCAGAGAAACUGGCAUAUAGUGACUACUUCAUUCAUUCAUUGUCAGGCUUGUAUGCAGUAAUCAUAUUUCCUAAUUUUGGCUGUGAGGGAUUUCUAUACAUGUAGUUUACGUGAAUCAGAAUGUCAGUAUGUUGAAGAAACAGCUAUACUCCUGGGUACAGUGCAGCUCUAUUCCCAAUAGCCAAGAAAUGAAAAUAGCCUGAGUGUCUUCAACUGAUGAAUAGAUAAAGAAAAUGUGGUACCUAUAAACAAUAGGAUACAAUUCAGCCAUCAAAAAGAGUGAAAUCCUGUCAUUUGUGACGAUAUGAAUGAAACUGGAAAUCUUUAUGUUACAGGAAAUAAUCCAGGCACAGAAAGACAAGUACCACAUGAUCUCACUUAUAUAUGGAAUCUAAAGAGUUGAUUUCUUAGAAGUUGAGAUGGAAAGGUGGCUACCAGAGGCUGGGGACAGUGGGGGAAAGGUUACUGGAUGGAACUGAAUUACCAUUAGAGGAAAUGAGUUCGAGUGUGCUGUUGAAUCAGGGUAACUACAGAUAAUAGUAGUGUACUGUAUUUCAAAAAGCUAGAAGACUUUGAAUGUCUUCACUAUAAAGAAAUGAAAACUAAGGAGACAGAUGUUGGACCAGGUUUAAAUAUUACAUAACAUAGUGUAUACAUAUAUUGAAACAUUACAUGGUACAAUGUUUAUGUUUUUACCAGUAAAUGUCAUUGAAAAAAAAAUAAGAAAACUUGGAAAAUCUUUAGGAAGGAAAGCAAGAGCUGAAUUUUAACUUUGAGUUGAGGUAAAUCAGGUAAAGGCAGAGGAAGUGAGAACUCCUUAGACUCUUCUUCAGGCUAGGCCUUUUCUGUCUUCGGGGAAACAUUCUCUCGGGCUUACCAUGCAGUUGCUAUUGAGUCCUUCCUCUAGCCCCUUCUCCACAUUCUUAAAGGGCUCCCCUUUCAUUGGGGCUCAGAGUGAAUCCGCUCACCACAGGAGACACUGAAGUUGACUCACUGUACCCAUCUGAGUCCCUCUUUCUCCUAAAAAAAAGAAGGGCUGCCUCCCCUGUGGCUGUAGUAGCAAGGAGAUAAAGGCUGAAGUCCCCGGGUCUCUGACCUUGAAGAAGAGCAGCCAUCUCUCCAGGCAUGCUAGAGUAGGAUUGUAGGACUCGAUUUCCUAAGGAUGUCCUUGAUCAACUACACCAGCCCUGAAACUUCUAAUUGCUAAACUUCUUUUCACAUGAAAAUAAAAAUAAACCCGCAAACCCACCCCUACUCCCACAUACAUAUAAACAGACCUAUUUAAGUUAUGAUUUGGAAUUUUUUUAACUUACAGGCAAUAAAUACUUCUACCUGGUAUUUUGUAUAGUGGAGUGGCCAGAUGUAUAAGACAUAUGAUAGAGGUAACAAAACCAGCAGUGGGGGAAUGCUCACGCCCAAAACAGGGCAUUUUGAAAUCAAAAGUUCCUUUCCAGAUAUUGCAACAGUUAAUGCUGCCAUCUAGUGGACAUGCUGUGGAAAUAAAAACUGUGCCUCCAUGA